AUGCUUCGCAAAAUUCUUGCCAUUAUCGUCGUGUCCCUUGCGAUUUCGACUUGCUGUGCCCACAUAGGAGGCCAUAUAUCUCUUCAGGACGUUAAGGAUAUAAAGCCGCAAAAGUUCUGCGGACCACAGCUGGCCAAUACUCUUGCUCUAGUGUGUUACGAAGAAAACGCCGGCGUUGGGAAGCGGUCUGGAUACAAAUCGAUCUACAACUCAAUAAUGCCCUCAUUGUACAAGGAGCAAGAAAUACCGUAUUGGCCAUGGCUGUCGGCUGAAAAGGCAAGAAGCUUGGGCUUGCCAUCUCGAGGCAAACGCUACGUAGGCGUGGUGGACGAAUGCUGUUUCAAAGCCUGCAGUAUCGAUGAACUCAUGUCCUAUUGU